GGUUCAAUCAGUAAAUCAAACUUGAACACCCUUAGCAUUUAACUACUUGGACACUCAACUCACAUCUGCCCUUAUAUUCAGCUUGAACAUACCAAAUCCUUCCUUAGUCUAAUAUAACCAGCACGCACACACAUAAGUUGAACAACGUGUAAAACUCCUCUCUCUCAAAAAUGGGCGCCCAUAGGGAGUUUGAGCCGAUAACAAAAUGUAAGAGCAGCGAGGGGCGAUCAAAUCAAACCGUGGCAGCUGACCUAGACGGCACACUCUUGGUGUCUAGUAAUGCAUUUCCAUACUUGAUGCUCGUCGCUUUGGAAGCCGGGAGCCUUAUACGUGCCUUGUUUCUCUUGGCAUCCGUCCCAUUCGUCUACUUCCUCUACUUGUUCCUGUCUGAAUCCUUGGCUGUCCAAAUUCUCAUCUUUAUCGCCUUCUCCGGCCUCAAAAUUCGUGAUGUUGAGCUCGUUGCCAAGUCCGUCUUGCCUAAGUUCUAUGCAGAAGACGUGCACCCGGAGACGUGGAGAGUGUUCAAUUCCUUUGGUAAGAGGUACAUAGUCACUGCAAACCCUAGGAUUAUGGUGGAACAUUUUGUCAAGAAUUAUUUGGGAGUUGAUAAGGUUCUUGGGACGGAGUUACAAGUGACAAAAUCGGGACGGGCCACAGGGUUUGUGAAGAAGCCGGGUGUACUUGUCGGGGACCAUAAGAAAAUGGCGAUAGUCAAUGAAUUUGGCACUAAUGUGCCUGAUUUAGGUCUUGGUGAUAGAGAGACGGAUUAUGACUUCAUGUCCAUAUGCAAGGAGGGAUUGAUCGUGCCCAGAACAAGAACUGAACCACUGCCAAGAAACAAGCUUCUAUCCCCAAUCAUCUUUCACGAGGGUCGUUUGGUACACAAGCCCACACCCCUCGUCGCCUUCCUCACAUUCCUCUGGAUGCCAAUUGCCAUUACUUUAUCAUUCGUUAGAGUUUUUCUCCACAUCCCUUUGCCCGAAAGGAUUGUACGUUACACCUCUAUGAUGCUUGGGAUCAAACUCAUCGUCAAGGGCACCCCUCCUCCGCCGCCCAGGCCCGGCCAAGGCGGCCGCCUCCUUGUCUGCAACCACCGGACCGUCCUCGACCCGCUUGUCACCGCCGUUGCACUCGGCCGGAAAAUCACUUGUGUCACUUAUAGCAUAAGUAAGUUUUCGGAGUCAAUUUCCCCUAUUAAAACGGUUGGAUUGUCGAGGGAAACAGAAAAAGACGCGGCGACCAUAAAGCGCUUGCUUGAAGAAGGUGACUUAGUGAUAUGCCCUGAGGGGACUACCUGCCGAGAACCGUUUUUACUGAGGUUUAGUGCGCUUUUUGCUGAAUUGAGCGACAGAAUUGUGCCGGUGGCGGUGAACACUAAACAAUGCGUGUUUUAUGGGACGACGACACGGGGGUACAAGUUCUUGGACCCGUUUUUUGUUUUCAUGAACCCAAGACCCACGUACGAGAUCACGUUCUUGAAUGAAGUGCCUCGUGAGUUUAGUGUUAGAGGAGGGAAAUCGGGAAUUGAGGUGGCCAAUUAUGUUCAGAGUGCUAUUGCAGGAAAACUUGGGUUCCAGUGCACCAAUUUGACUAGAAAGGAUAAAUAUGCUAUGAUGGCUGGGACAGAUGGACGUGUUCACUCCAAAUAUUCAGGCCUGAUUAUGCCUGCAAAAUAAUAAACACCGAAUAGACAUAUAUAUUGUUAUUUGAUAAUUUGUUAUUGUUUGAUAAUGGACUGGCAUUUUCCAACGUAACCACCUGCAUGGGCAAGUUAAAAUACUUGUAUUUUGUUUGGAUUUGUGUUUUAGUUUUUUGUCUUGUAUUUUGAAAAUAGAG